UCAUCUUUUGUGUUGGUAAACUACCUGCUAAUGUACUAAAAUAAAUAAAGGUAAUUCUUGUAAGAAUAAUUAUAGGAUACAAACAGUUAUAAACCAGCUAAAGAUUUGUGAAUAUCCUAUCUUUAUUCAAUUUUUAUAUAAAUUUAAUGUAGGAUUUGUAAAUGUCUGUGUCUUUGUGCGUAUUGCGGAUCGAAAUAGACGAAGAUCUUCCUGAAAUGGAUGGUAAUCCUACUGAAAAAGAAUCUGCCACAGAGCAAAAAAAGAAAGAUCGUGGUGCACGCGAGUCAAAAACAAUCACAGUGGAGACAUAUGCGAGUGUUCUCAACGGGCCCAAUGCAGUGUCGGGAAUAUUGCCCACCAGUUCCCGGCGCUCCCCACCGGAAGGAAGCACAUCAGACGAGGAUGAUACUAUUAGCUUCUUUUGUGGCAAUCCUUUGAUAGAAGUCACCAAAGGUGUUCUGCAUCUGUACAAAGAAAAUGAGCUGAAGGAAGCUGAAGAAGCAAAGACACUAUGUCUAUUAUCAGUACCUGGUGCUCUGGGAGCCCCAGAUCUAUUGGCAUUUGCAGCUGCCUGCCAGCAGGAUAUAGCACAUGUGAGGGUCCUGCGUGAUGGCUCACCAGACCAUUACAUGGCAUUACUUACAUUCCGCACAAGUGCAGCAGCCCGUGAAUUCCACUCUGCAUUUGAUGGGGUGCCGUACAGCAGCCUGGAGCCAGCAGCUCUGUGCCACACGGCGUGGGUGUCGCGCGUCGAGUACGCGCGGGACGGCGCUGCGCCUCCCUCGCACACUGAGCUGCCCACUUGCCCUGUGUGUUUGGAGCGCAUGGACGAGAGCGUGGCGGGCGUGCUGAGCGUGCAGUGCGCGCACUCGUUCCACGCGGAGUGCCUGAUGGGGUGGCGCGACGCGCGCUGCCCCGUGUGCCGCUGCGCGCAGACCCCCGAGCCGCGCGACUCGGCGCGCUGCCUGCAGUGCGACGUGCUCGCGCUCGAGGCGGGGGUCGCGGGCGGGGCGGGCGGCGCGGGCGAAGCGGAGGCGCCGCGGGACAGCGCGUGCGGCGUGGCGGAGGGGCUGCUGGAGGCGGAGGCGGGCACGCUGUGGAUCUGCCUCAUCUGCGGCCACGUCGGCUGCGGACGAUAUGAAAAAGGACACGCGGCUAAACAUUUCAUGCAAUCUAAUCACACUUAUGCGCUACAGUUGGGCUCAAACCGAGUUUGGGAUUAUGCAGGCGACAAUUUCGUGCACCGGCUGGUGCAGAACAAGGCGGACGGCAAGCUGGUGGCGGCCGAGGGCGCGGCCGCCGACCCCGAGCCCGCGUGCGCCGACAAGCUCGAGUUCACCUACCUGCUCACGCACCACCUCGACACGCAGCGCCACCACUACGAGGAGCGCCUCGCCAAGCUGGAGCGCGAGCGCUUGGGCGAGGCGGCGGCGCUGCGCGCGGGCGCGGCGGCGCGCGAGGCGGCGGCGGCGGCGCUGCGGCGCCAGCUGGCCGCCGCGCGCGCCGACAACAAGGCGCUCGCCGCCAAGCUGCACGCGCUCACCACCAGGGUGUCCAAGCUGCAGAACGACUUGUCGGAGGAGCGCUCGCUGUCGGCGGCGCUGGCCGAGCGGCAGGCGCAGUGGCAGGCGAGGGAGGCGCAGUGGCAGGCGAAGGAGGACUCCUUCCGCAGCGAGGUGGCGGAGCUGAAGGAGCAGCUGCGCGACGUGAUGUUCUUCGUGGAGGCGCGCAACGCGCUGCAGAGCAGCUCGGCCGCGUCGCCGCACGAGCUGCAGGCCGCCACCGUCGCCCUGCCCCCCGCGCCGCCCGCGCCCCCCGCGCCCUCCGCGCUGCGCUCCAAGACAAUGUCUCGCGUCGCUGGCGUUGCCCCAAUCAGCUUCGGGCCCAGCGGCGUGAGGGUCUCCAAACCCAUUUUUAUUUAUAGCUUAACAUUUAUCAUCGGACUAAAUGUGAUAAUCCUCACUGGGUUCUCGGUGGAUAUCUCGGAGCCGCGCAUAUCUCUGCGCGCCAAUACGCUCACAGAGACCGUCUGCUGGGUAUUGAACCUGUGCGUGGUGUCCGCGCUGUCCGUGGUCGGCUGCGUGGGCGCGCCCGCACGUUGCACUUGCUUCAUUGAUAUUUUGCAUAAGAUUCAUAAGGUAGUACAAUACUAUAGUUAUUUGACACAGACAUCAUAA